AUGGACGACUACAUGGAGACGCUCAAGGACGAGGAGGACGCGCUGUGGGAGAACGUGGAGUGCAACCGGCACAUGCUGAGCCGCUACAUCAACCCGGCCAAGCUCACGCCCUACCUGCGCCAGUGCAAGGUCAUCGACGAGCAGGACGAGGACGAGGUGCUCAACGCGCCCAUGCUGCCCUCCAAGAUCAACCGUGCGGGCCGGCUGCUGGACAUCCUGCACACCAAGGGGCAGCGGGGCUACGUGGUGUUCCUGGAGAGCCUGGAGUUCUACUACCCGGAGCUGUACAAGCUGGUGACCGGCAAGGAGCCCACACGCAGGUUCUCCACCAUCGUGG